AUGCAGUUGUUCAGUUCUAAAAAGCCAGCGUACCAGUCCACGGAAGCCAUCUUCAGGUCAGCGCCCAUGUCCUUGGUGCAAUUCUAUGUUACCAUGGAAUUGGCCCGAGACUUAGUGUUUACCCUAGGCAAUUUAGGACAGGUUCAUUUCCGUGAUCUCAAUUCGAAGUUGACGCCUUUUCAGAGAACGUUUGUCACAGAGCUACGGAAUAUUGACGUUGUCGAAAUGAAUUUGACCUUCUUGUUCAGUAUGAUGGUUAAAUACUCAACUUUCAAAGGCGACCCUUUUGCCAACUUGGUUGCUGAUGAGAGCCCUUUGCCCACAGCUUCUGAAAUGGAGGAGAUCAGGGAAAAAGUGACCGCGUUUCAUGACAAGAUCAAGCACCUUGACGACUCGCACUCGUCCUUGGAUCUCAAAAAGUACAAGUACCUUGAGAACCGCCAUGUCAUUAACACGGUACACAACUUUCACAAGUCAUCUUUGGUGCCUUCUCAACGAGAUACUAAUGAGGAAUUUCGUCAGUUUGAAAUAGAGGACGACGAGGAGGCUUUGCUCAAUGAAGGGAGACAUUCGGACUCCUUUGACCUCGAUCGUCCAGCAAUGCAUGAAUCGUCCAUAGAGGGUGCAUCAAUGUUCAAUUCAAUAUGUGGCGUCAUAGCGAGAGAGAAAGUGCCUAUUCUCAGAAAGAUCCUCUGGAGAACUUUGAGAGGGAACUUGUACUUCAAUGAUAUCCCAAUCGACGAGCCGCUUCCCGCUUCUCUUGACAGGCCUUCAGAUCUUACACAAAAGAACGUGUUCAUCAUUUACAUUCAUGGCGAUUAUCUUAGGGAUCGCGUUCGCAGAAUUAUCACCUCCCUUGAGGGCCAUAUAUACGACAACACAGGAGGAGGAGCUGGCGGUCGUCUAGAGACUAUUAAUGAGCUCAAUGCAAAAAUCGAGGACUUAUCUAAUGUCUUGGAGUCUACAAGAAAUCAUUUAAUUACGGAGUUACUUAUCUUUCAGGAGAAGUACACAGACUGGUACUAUCUUGUCAAGAGAGAACGUGCAAUCUUUGAAAUUCUCAACAAGUUCGAUGAAGAUAGCACCAGACGUUGUUUAGUAGGCGAGGGCUGGAUUCCUCGCUCGGAAAUUGACAACAUCCGGAAGGCAUUGAAAAAUCUAGUUCGGGCUAAGACGGCAUCCACAGGUAAUUCGCUUGCUAUGAAUCAAGAGAUCACCUUGUCAACUGACACCUUGAAUAAUAGUGGGGGCCCUGCUCCUUUGAGUUCGAACACCCUCUUCGCAGUGGGCAAUGAAGAUGGCCACGCAGAUAUCGGAAGUGAUGACGACAAUGAAAAUGAUGACCAGGAUUUCAACUUUGUUGCAGUUCUCAACGAGCUCGCAACUUCGAGAACUCCACCAACGUACCACAAAACUAACAAAUUCACUCAGGGUUUCCAGUCUAUUGUCGAUACAUAUGGUAUCGCAACCUAUCAAGAAGUCAACCCUGGUUUGGCGACGAUCAUUACUUUCCCUUUUAUGUUCGCUAUCAUGUUUGGCGAUUUGGGACACGGAUUCAUCGUUCUUCUCAUGUCUUUGUACUUUGUGAAGAACGAGAGGCAUUUUGACUCCAUGAGAAGAAUGGACGAGAUACUUUCGAUGGCUUACAGCGGUAGAUAUAUCAUCCUUCUAAUGGGUGCCUUUUCCAUUUUCACUGGCUUGCUUUACAAUGACAUCUUCUCGAAGUCCAUGACAAUUUUUAACUCCACAUGGAAGUGGGAAUUUCCCGAAGAUUUUGAGCCCUCUCUCAAUACGAGCGUUGCUUUGGUUGCCACAAGAAAAGGACAAGGCACAUACCCAAUUGGUAUUGAUUGGGCAUGGCAUGGCGCAGAAAAUGGCUUAUUAUUCACCAACUCCUACAAGAUGAAGAUGUCAGUCCUCAUGGGCUACAUUCACAUGACAUACUCGUAUAUGUUCAGCUUGGUGAACUACCGCUUCUUUAACUCCCGUGUCGAUAUCAUUGGAAAUUUCAUUCCAGGUUUGAUUUUCAUGCAAAGCAUUUUUGGAUACCUUGCCUUGACGAUCAUAUAUAAGUGGUGUGUCGAUUGGUUCGGAACAGGACGUCAACCCCCAGGAUUACUCAACACACUCAUCAACAUGUUCUUGGCUCCAGGUAAAAUCGAAGAACCGCUUUAUUCAGGUCAGAAAUUUGUGCAAGUCGUGCUUGUGCUUCUUGCAUUAGCAUGCGUUCCUUGGUUAUUGUUGUACAAGCCUAUGGCGCUUCGGAAGGAAAACCUUCGAGCGAAGGAGCUAGGCUAUAGCGACGUGCAUUCUCAACUUAAUCAUACUCUUCAGCUCCAAGAAGAGGAAGAAGCCUUGAUGCAAAAUGGUGAAGUCAAUGCCGAAACUCCAGGCUUGCAUCCUGAUGACGAGGUCGAUCUUUUAAACCAAAAUUUCUCCUUUCCUAAUGAUAUCGAGCCUAUGGUGGGUAACUCUGCGCACGGCGGAGAUGAAGAAGGCUUCAAUUUGAUGGAUGUUGUAAUUCACCAAGUCAUCCACACAAUUGAGUUCUGCCUUAAUUGCGUUUCUCAUACCGCAUCAUACCUCAGAUUAUGGGCGUUGUCUUUGGCGCAUGCCCAGUUGUCGAGUGUUUUGUGGACCAUGACGCUCCAAAAUGCGUUUGGCGCUACUGGAACUACUGGCAUUAUCAUGACAUUCUUUUUGUUCGCCAUGUGGUUUACGUUGACAUUGUGCAUUUUGGUAAUGAUGGAAGGCACGUCUGCGAUGUUGCACUCCUUGCGUUUGCAUUGGGUCGAAGCCAUGUCGAAGUUCUUCGAGGGUGAAGGGUACGCGUUCGAACCUUUUACCUUCAAAGAUAUUGAGCUUUAG